AUUUGUUAUAGGAGUAAACUUCAAUUUGGUGACUUCUGCCACUGCCGCCUUUGGCAGUUCCCUUUAUUUUCUCCUUACAUCCCUGAAAGUCUCCGACAUUUUCUCUGCCAAUCCCUACAAUUUCUGCCUUUUUCUAGGUUUUCCAUUGGUUUAUUUCUCAAUCCCUCCUCACUGAAUACUAGUAACAACAAGAUGCAGCAGCAACAAUCUCCUCAAAUGUUCAACAUCCAACCUGCACAACCCCCCGUCACCAUUACCACUGAACAAAUUCAAAAGUAUCUGGAUGAAAACAAGCAGUUGAUUUUGGCUAUUAUGGAAAGUCAGAACUUGGGGAAAAUCAAUGAAUGUGCUCAGUAUCAAGCUCAGCUUCAGAAAAACUUGAUGUACUUGGCCGCAAUUGCUGAUGCUCAGCCGCCAGGGCCCUCUCAGCAACAACAGAUGCCCGUGCAAUCGUCCAUGCCACAAGGCCAUUUCAUGUUACCUCCCAAAUCUGCAAUUACUCCUCAGCAAGCAAGUCCAAGAUUACCCUUCAUGAUGCAGUCGUUUGAUCCGCAGUCACCCCAGAUGCAAUACCAACAGUCUAUGGCAGGUGCAAUGGCAAUGAGAAUGGGUGGUAACAACAGCUUACACCCGGCAUUCCCCCCUGCAUUCGGAACUCCUCCACAUAUAACGGAUGCUCAUGGCAGACAAUAUGGCUCCGAAGCUAGUACCGGUGAAGAACAUGGAAAAUGAUUUAGUGAGGCGUGGCCGAAAGAAUCAAGGAUCUUCCCUGGCUUGUUGUGGGUGAAAAGUUUUGCUGCGUAAAAAUAAGGAAUAGUUAUAAAUUUUACCUAGCUGGUUGGUUUGUCUUGAAAUAGGAUAUAUACUUUGCCAAAUACCAUGGUUAACAGUUUUUCGACGAAGAGCGUAAUUUGCUUUGUACAUCAUCAGCUGAUUUGCAGGUUAUUGUAUGUUUUUAUAAUCAAAGAUUAAGGCCGGAUGUAGAACUACCGCUUCUCAGUUUUCACAUUUGUAAUGAUAUAAUGUUCAUGAACUGAUGCAACUUGCAAGUA